GGCGCGGGUCGGGACGCGGGCGAGCAGCUGGCCCGAUCUGAGGCCGGGCCGGGCUGGGCCGGGCCGCGGGGAAGUGGGCAGACGGUUGGCGGACUGCGGGGACACUGGGCGCGGGGGCGGCAGGGGACUGGGAGCGGCGGCGGAGCCGGGCGGGGGCGGGGCUCCGCGCUGCCUCCGCGCCGCCGCGAACAUGUCGGACCCGGCUUCCGAAGUUCCCGAGGAGAUGUUCCGCGAGGUCAAGUACUACGCGGUGGGCGACAUCGACCCGCAGGUUAUUCAGCUUCUUAAAGCUGGAAAAGCCAAGGAAGUAUCCUACAAUGCUCUCGCCUCACACAUAAUUUCAGAGGAUGGGGACAACCCGGAGGUCGGUGAAGCUCGGGAAGUCUUUGACCUACCUGUUGUAAAGCCUUCCUGGGUGACCUUGUCUGUGCAGUGUGGAGCUCUUCUGCCAGUCAAUGGUUUUUCUCCAGAGUCCUGUCAGAUUUUUUUUGGAAUCACUGCCUGCCUUUCUCAGGUGUCAUCUGAAGACAGAAGUGCCCUGUGGGCUUUGGUCACUUUCCACGGAGGCAGUUGCCAGCUAACCCUCAAUAAGAAAUGUACGCAUUUGAUUGUGCCAGAGCCAAAGGGGGAGAAGUAUGAGUGUGCGGUGAAGCGAGCUGGUAUUAAGGUGGUGACUCCUGACUGGGUGCUGGACUGUGUGUCUGAGAAAACCAGGAAAGACGAAGCACCUUACCAUCCACGCCUGAUCAUCUACGAAGAAGAGGAAGAGGAGGAGGAGGAGGAAGAGGAGGAAGAGGGGGAGAACGAGGAGCAGGACUCCCAGAACGGGGCCAGCACUGAGAAGUCAAGCCCAGCCAGCUCGCAGGAAGGCUCUCCUCCUGGGGACCAGCCGUUCUCCCCCAAGCCCAGUGCGGAACCCGCCAAAGGGGAGCUGAUGUUCGAUGACUCUUCAGACUCUUCACCCGAGAAGCAGGAGAGGAACUUGAACUGGACCCCGGCUGAAGUGCCCCAGCCUGUGGCCGCCAAGCGCAGGCUGCCCCAGGGCAAGGAGGCCGGGCUCAUUAACUUGUGUGCCAAUGUCCCACCAGUUCCUGGGAACAUCCUGCCUCCGGAUGUCCGGGGGAACUUCAUGGCUUCUGGACAGAACCUUCAGAGUUCUGAAAGAGGAGAAAUGAUCACCUCAUGGAGUCCGGCUGUGCGGACGUUGAGGAAUAUUACUAACAAUGCUGACAUUCAGCAGCUCAAUCGGCCAUCAAAUGUUGCACAUAUCCUACAGUCCCUAUCAGCUCCCACAAAGACCCUGGAGCCGCAGGUAGGCCAUGGCCAGCAGGGGCAAGGCAGUGCCAGCGCCGGUGCCAUCCUGCUCAGCCAGACCAGGGGCACUCCUGAUACACAUCUGCCCCCACCGCACCGCCAGCCCCCACCGCAGCACCCAUUGCAGCACCCUGUCCUCCACCUGCAGCCCCCACAGAUGCCCCAGCAGCCUUGUCCACAGCAGCAGCAUCCGUUUCCACAGCAGCCUCAGCAGCCCCAGCAGCAAGUCCUUCAGCACCCGUUCCCCCAGCAGCAGCUGCACCCCCAGCCGCAGUUGCACCGCCCCCAGCAGCCCUUGCAGCCGUUCCAGCAGCAGCACCUGCAGCAGCAGUUCCACCAGCUGCAGCAGCAGCAGCUGCAACACCAACAGCUGGCGCAGCUGCAGCACCAGAGCCUGCUCCAGCAGCAGAUGCAGCAGCAGCAGGUGCAGCAGCAGCAGCUACAGCGCCUCCACCAGCAGCAGCAGGUGCAGCAUCCCGCCGCUCCGCACCUGGGCCAGGCACCCCCAGCCAUGCAGCACCAGGCCCCACACCUGCAGCCCCCGCCUCAGCAGCCCCCGCCACAGCUGCCGCUGUGUGGACAUGACCCAGCUGUGGAGAUUCCAGAAGAAGGCUUCCUGCUGGGCUGUGUGUUCGCGAUUGCAGAUUACCCAGAGCAGAUGUCCGACAAGCAGCUGCUGGCCACCUGGAAGAAGAUCAUCCAAGCACAUGGUGGCGUGGUGGACCCCACCUUCACGAGCCGGUGCACGCACCUCCUCUGCGAGAGCCAGGUCAGCAGCAUGUAUGCACAGGCGAUAAGAGAGAGAAAGCGAUGUGUCACUGCACACUGGCUGAACAUGGUCCUGAAGAAGAAGAAGAUGGUGCCGCCCCACCGAGCCCUGCAUUUCCCAGUGGCGUUCCCGCCAGGGGGCAAGCCGUGCUCACAGCAUAUCAUCUCUGUGACUGGCUUUGUAGACAGCGACAGGGAUGACCUGAAGUUGAUGGCAUACCUGGCAGGCGCCAAGUACACGGGCUACCUGUGCCGCAGUAACACAGUCCUUGUUUGUAAAGAACCCAGUGGUUUGAAGUAUGAGAAGGCCAAAGAGUGGCGGAUCCCAUGCGUGAACGCACAGUGGCUCGGGGACAUCCUGCUGGGGAAUUUCGAGGCGCUGAGACAGAUCCAGUAUGGGCGCUACACGGCCUUCAACCUCCAGGACCCCUUCGCGCCCACGCAGCACUUGGUGCUGAACCUGCUGGACGCGUGGAGAGUUCCACUGAAAGUGUCACCAGAGCUGCUGAUGGGUGUAAGGUUGCCUCCCAAGCCGAAACAGAAUGAAGUAACCAGCGUCCAGCCUUCUUCCAAAAGAGCCAGAAUUGAGGAUCUCCCCACUCCCACCAAAAAGUUGACCCCGGAGCUGACGCCUUUAGUGCUUUUCACUGGGUUUGAGCCUGGCCAAGUUCAGCAGUACAUUAAGAAGCUCUACGUCCUGGGCGGUGAGGUGGCCGAGUCUGCGCAGAAGUGCACCCACCUGGUCGCCAGCAGAGUGACGCGCACCGUGAAGUUCCUGACGGCCAUCUCUGUGGUGCAGCACAUCGUGACGCCCGAGUGGCUGGAGGAGUGCUUCAAGUGCCAGGAGUUUGUGGAUGAGCAGAACUACAUCCUCCGAGAUGCUGAGGCCGAAGUGCUCUUCUCAUUCAGUUUGGAAGAAUCCUUGAAACGGGCGCAUGUUUCUCCACUCUUCAAGGCAAAGUACUUCUACAUCACCCCUGGAAUCUGCCCGAGCCUGUCCACCAUGAAGGCCAUCGUGGAGUGUGCGGGUGGGAAGGUGCUAUCCAAGCAGCCGUCCUUCCGCAAGCUGGUGGAGCACAAGCAGAAUAAGAGUCUGUCGGAAAUCAUCGUGAUAUCCUGCGAGAACGACCUCCACCUGUGCCGAGAGUACUUCGCCCGAGGAAUAGAUGUUCAUAACGCAGAGUUUGUGCUAACCGGAGUGCUGACCCAGACCAUGGACUACGAGUCGUAUAAAUUCAACUGAAGGCCGAGCCAGAGCCGGAGCCGGAGCUGGAACUGGAGCUGGAACUGGAGCUGAAGCGGAGCUGGAGCUGAAGUGGAGCCGAGCCCAGCCCAGCCAAGCUGAGCCGAGCCGAGCCGAGCUGCGCUGAGCUGAGCUGAGCUGAGCCGAGCUGGAGCCCGAGCCGAGCUGGAGCCCGAGCCGAGCUGGAGCCCGAGCCGAGCCAGGACCUCUGACCGACUGCAUGUGUUUUCCAGCUGCUUCCCUAGGGAUGAGAUAGAAAGCAGGAAGACAGUGGCACCUAUGAUGCAUCUUAUUAAGAUGUGUAAUUUUAUUCUGAGGAAACAUAAAUUAUGUUUUGUAUUAUAUGACUUUAUGAGCACACAUUAGGUUUUAUGAUUCAUUUGCCAGGUUUUUAAAUGUCUUCACAACACUAUGAAAUUUCAAAUAAAAUGUGUAAAGACCUUGCUAUCUAAAUUAUGGAUGUUAAAGAUUUGAAAUGUUUUGUACUUUAUUUUUAUUUCUUACACUCUUUUCUUUUAUACUGAUAUCUUACCCACAUUUUAAAUAAAUGUACUUUUGAACUUAGAA